AUGGCGACUACUCACGGUCUUGCAACCAAGGGAGAUGAAGGCUCAGAAAAGGCGGCGUUACAUGGAAAUGAGCUGAAAGAGAAUAUGUACGUCAUGGACCAACACGGAGGCAAUCAUACUGGCAGCGAGGACGAGUUUAGCUAUGAUCCACUCCUCGGUGGAGACAGCCUCAUCAAGCAGGUUCAUGACGACUAUCAGGAGCGCUUAGCCCAGCGGAAUGUUGAUGCCUGA